UUUAAACACCUUCCUGUUGAUAAACGAAAAGUCAGACUUACUUGUAGAUAGUACUACUUUCAUAUACAUGUAUAUAAAUCAUGAAAUUGUAUAUAAGGUUUGAGAAAAAAAUACUGUUUGGUAAAGUAACGUUAUAAAACGGAAUUUAUAAUGUUAUAAUAUUUAUUGAUUAAGGAUCGAUUUAACUGUGAUAUUUAUAGACGGAUUUCUCAUUGUUUUGAAAAAUUCAUUCAUUUUAUGGUUUAAACAUGGGAAUAGUGAAUAGUUGUUUUAAUUGUGAAAGUCAGUUUGGUGAAAUCGAAGAGAAGGAGGUGAAAAGUAACUACGAAAUAACUGAAACUACAUGUAUGAACAAACAUUUAUCUGAAUCCACGGAAAACAUAAUAAAUUUGUUAGAACCAAUAAUCACGAUCAUAAAAUCUUCCUCUCGACCGCAAGUGACACAGUUUAAUUUUAAACAUAAAAACAAAGGUGUAGUAAGAAUAGCUAGUUGGAAUGUGGAACGAUUCGACGAGGAAAAAGCUAAUAAUCCUGGAGUGAGAGAAGUUGUUUGUAUGACAAUUCUGGAAAAUGGGUUUGGUUUGGUAGCAUUUCAAGAGCUUGCAGAUAAAAUAGCAUUAGGAAAGAUAUGCGAGGAGCUAAAUACUCCAUCAUUGUCGUGUACAAAGAAAUGGCAUGGACAUCGUGGAGAAUGGAAGUUUGUGGUGUCUGAAGCCACUGGAAGGAUGUAUCGGAGUAAUGAAUAUAAUGGUUUCCUUUAUGACACUUCGCAAGGAAUAACCUUUAAUCAUUCUGAACUGCUGGAAAAGUCCAAAAAGGCACCGAAAGCAUUCACCAGGGCGCCAUUCAUUGGAACAUUUAAGAUUAAAAAAUUUGACUGUGUUAUAGUCAGUGUACAUCUAAAAGCGACCGGUUUAGGUAAUGAAGAUUUAAGCAGACUUCAAGAGGAGAUAGAUAAAGUACCUGAACUGAUUAAUGCCAUUGAACAGCGGUAUCCGGGAGAAGAAGAUAUUAUCAUACUGGGAGAUUUUAAUUUAGAUCCACAAAAGGAGGAUUUUGACAUUUUGCGGAAGAAAGAUUAUGACAAUUGCCUUCCAGUGGGUGAAUUUACGAACAUAAGCAACAACAACCCUAAAGGCAGCCAAAAGUAUGAUCAUAUUUGGAUAAGUAACGGCACCAGAAAGGCAUUUUCAGGUAAUUCCGGGGUAAUUAGAGUAAAUCUGACAAGUCCAUUGAUACCUAACGGAUGGUCAUGGGGAGGUGUUGUCAGUGACCACUGUCCGGUUUGGACAGAGCUAUGCACAGGGAAAGACUAUGACUCAGCAGAUCUAGAUGUUAUUCCAGAUACUAAUUUUACUCUUUGAUAUUUAAUUUGAAGCAUAAAAUUAUAUGACAGCAGAAGAAAAGGAUCAUAAGAAAUAGAGUAUUCACUUGAUUAAUACGCCCUCUGUGUGCAAUAUGGUAGAAAAAGGAUAAUUAUAAAUGAAUAAUUAUCUCAUAUUCAAAUAUAUAUCAAGCAUGUUGCAAUACAUUUCUAUUAUUACUCAUUCAAUUCAUUCAAACCACUGGACGUAUUCGUAGAGGGAAAAAAAUAUAUUUACUGGAAGACUGAGCAGUUUAAACAAUAUCUGUUCUUGAAGUAAUAAACAAAAGCAAUGACAUAUAUAUGUAUAUAUAGUGCUAGACAGAAAAGAAACAAUAAUCUACCUCGAAUAUAGUUUUAAUCUAAAUACAAUUGUGUUAUAUAUUAUUUUAUUACUGUAAUUUAUCAAAUAAAUUAUUACAAAUCCA